AUGAAGUGCAAAAUGUGGCUGGGUUUCAGAAACUCUACUCCUAAUCUUCAUCCUGCUUCGAAAAAAUAUUUAGACGACCUAGUCUCUCAUACUCCAAUCUCACGCCCCGGAGAGCCCCAGGAAGUCUCAUCACUAGUGGCAUUCCUCUGUUUACCUUCUGCUUCCUACAUCACCGGGCAGGUCAUUGCUGUUGAUGGUGGAUUUAGUGCCUCUGGUUUGCCUACUUCAGAGUAG